AUGGAACAACCACCCCUCAAUGGCAGCCAUGCUCCUCCUACGGCUAGCAAUUCCCCGCUGAAAGCCUGCUGCCUCAACCUAGUUUCAACUUUAGGGCCAGACAAAAUCUCGUUCCCGAACACAGCUACAUACGAAGCGUCUCAGAAAUCGUAUUUUGCUCAGCAGAACAGCGAUCUGUACCCAUCCUGCGUGGUGUCUCCGGAAUCAGCCGAAGAUGUGUCUAAAGUUAUCACCAGCUUGGUGAAGACCGCAUCCGCUCUGCCUGCACACGAGCAGGCCAAAUGCCAAUUCGCCAUCCGGUCCGGCGGGCACAACUCCUUCGGGGGAGCGUCCAACAUCCAUCACGGCAUCACCAUAGACCUGCGCGCUCUCAACACCAUCAAGAUUCUGCCUCCGACCGGACACAAUGGUGAUAAACAGACCGUCUUCGUUGGAGCAGGCGCCACGUGGGGAGAUGUCUAUGCCCACCUCGACCCGCUGGGUCUUUCAGUAGCGGGCGGCCGCGCCGCACAGGUCGGGGUUGGCGGACUGACGCUCGGGGGCGGCAUGUCAUAUUUCUCUCCCCGUUACGGGUGGACGUGCGAUAACAUGGUCGGCGUAGAGAUAGUCCUGGCCGAUGGAACGAUUGCGCAUUGGGAUGAAGAAACUCAGCACCCGGAGUGGCUGGCAGCGCUGCGUGGGGCUGGAAACAGUAACUUCGGAAUCGUAACAGGCUUUUUUCUGCGGGCCUUCCCACAGGGCCCCAUUUAUGGCGGGUCUGUCUAUUGCAGUACAGACACCAUUGAUGCUCAGCUACGCGCAUUUGCGGAGCUGGCUGAUCCCAAGGCAGCGAGCCACUAUGAUGAGAAUGCCUCGUUAAUCACCAGUUUUGGAUUCGCCGGCGGCAAGGGAGCCGCUGUGGUGAACAGCAUUGUGUAUACCGGGGAGAUGGAGAAACCCAAGAAGAACGGAGAAGAUAUCCAGCAGCCACCGUCACCACCAGCCGUGUACAGGGCCUUCUUCGAUAUUCCGCAGUUAUUCAGCACUGUGCGUGUAGCCCCGGUACACGAGAUAUCCUUGGAGCAGGGGUCUUUUUCACAGAAUGGGAAACGACAACUAAGCGUAGUGACGACCCACGAUGCGACCGUGCCUAUGCUGAAAGCGACCUACGUGAGGUGGGAUACGAGUCUGGCAGCCGUGCAAGACGUCCCGGGUAUCGUCUGGUCGAUCUCUCUGGAGCCACUACCUCCUGCUAUCUACGCGCGGGCGCCUGCAGGCCAUAAUGUGUUGGGACUGCCGUCCGACUCCGAACAAGCGCUCGUGGUGACUCUACUGAGCGCCACCUGGGAUAAUGCGGCCGAUGACGCCCGCGUGGAGGAAGCCGCCAAGACACUGUUUGCAGGCAUUGAGGCGGACGCACAUGAGUUGAACGCAUAUCAUCCAUUUGUUUAUCUCAACUACGCGGCUCAAUGGCAAGAUCCGAUCGCUAGUUAUGGGCCUGAGAGCGUCGCGCGGUUGCAGCGCAUUAGCCGGGAAGUUGAUCCCACCGGAGUGUUUCAGAGGAUGGUGCCGGGAGGGUUUAAGAUUCCGCAGUGA